GAAAUACUUCAAACCACAGGUAGGUCGAUCGAUAGUUACUCGAUAUUUUAACAGUCUGUGAAAAAUGAUAUCCUUUUUUUAACAGGGAAAAAGCAGUUUUCUAGCAUUUCCGACAGUCUGACAAAACAGUUUACAGUGGAGGGCCUGACACGCGUGACACAGGACAUCCUGGUGUAUGUCGGCCUUCUCAGUUAUGGCGAAGAGGUCCUGCAUGUGUGUGUUGAUUAGCGUCUACCGGUCUACCCAGCUCACAGAAACAGCAGUGAUCGACAAACUUUUCCGAGAUGAGGUCAUGUUUUGGGCUCCUGUGGCAGACCUCCCGGAUUCAUCGAUUGCCCCACCAGCCAAUGGCAGAGCAGACCACAGAAGAGCCACACCUCCAGCCGGGGUGAUGGACCUCCAGGUCGACAGUUAUGAUGCUGUUAAACGAACCGUGACACUGACGUGGACAUCCCCUGGAGAUGAUGGCCGCAGUGGGACAGGUGUGUGACGAGAGCGUAACACAAUACAGUCAGCCACCAACUGUUUCCCGAUUGACUGGAAACAGG